GACAGUGAUUUCGAUGUUGUUUGUAGAUAAAGAAUGCCUUGCAAGCCUCCGUUAUUCCUCUGUUUUUGCAGGUGUAAAAUAGAGAACGUGCAAGGCAUUGUGGGAAGUGAUGCCUUGUCUGGAGGAGAGCGGACUACUGACAUAAUGCUGCAGUGGUACGAGAAGUGCAGGAUAGCAGAGGACACGCAAAACAAAAAUCAGCCUGUGACUUUUAAAAAACUGAAAAUGUAGCUUUUCAUUCAGCAGCUCUCCAUUGUGCGCUUUCAGCAAUCUGGUUGUUAGGACCCAAAUGACCCUAGCAACCAAGCACUGAUUUGUAGAAACUGGAAUAUGAAUAGGAGAAGCCAUGAAUAGAGAGAUGAGUAGCCAUUUCAUCACAUACAAAAAGUUGACUUAAAGGUGUACCACCCUUUCAAAUGUUGUCUUUAUUCCUGCAGGACUACAACUCCAACAGCUAUAGACAGGGUUCGCUUCAGUGUCUGACUGAGCCUGUAGCACAUUCUACCUUGUGUUUCGCUGUCAUUCGCCUCAGACUAACACUCUGCAACGACCCCUUUACCUGUGCUUCCUUCGGUAUAUAUCUCACUGUCAUUGUCACCAAAUAAUCCCACCUUCCCCAAUUUUAUUCAACCAAAAUAUCGUCCCUGCAUAGGUGUACUACUUGGCCAAGCAGAAAAUCAUCUGACCGGAAGUCAUGCUUUCGCGACGGCCAUUUCAUGAUAGGGCAAUAUACGCUUAAUUCUUUUUUACGUGAAGAUGGAAUAUUGCAAAAGACGAUAAACUACCAGUUUUGCUAACUAGUAAAAAAAACCCUGAACGAUUUGAACUAGCACCAACUCCACCUGUCCAUAUUCGCAGGAACUGGGUGCAGAAAAUAUUUCUGACGCUGUGUAAAAACGCCUUGUUAGCGCUGCAGCAGCCCAGACAAAAGAUGGCCGCAAACCUUUUCCGCUUUCCUUCCCUUGUCAAUCUACAGCAAUUCAUCGCCGCAUAGUGCAAUGACGUCACAACUUCCAGAACGUCGUGACAUAAUUACGUAGUCUGACCCCUGCCUGCAAGCCUAGGAAACCCUGCGAGUAGCUGCCAACGCCCGGUGGAGAGAAGGGGAGAGGGUCUGCAUUGAACCAACUUUGCUGACCUUCACACUAGAAAAUUUCAGCCAUGCAGACAAUUAAAUGUGUAGUCGUUGGUGAUGGUGCUGUGGGUAAAACAUGUCUGCUUAUCUCUUACACAACAAACAAGUUCCCUUCUGAGUAUGUACCAACGGUUUUUGACAAUUAUGCCGUAACGGUUAUGAUCGGAGGGGAACCAUACACCCUAGGGUUAUUUGAUACAGCAGGACAGGAAGAUUAUGAUAGAUUACGACCGCUUAGCUAUCCACAGACAGAUGUGUUUCUAGUUUGUUUCUCAGUCGUCUCACCAUCUUCAUUUGAAAAUGUGAAAGAAAAGUGGGUACCUGAAAUCACUCAUCACUGUCCCAAAACUCCAUUUCUGCUGGUUGGCACCCAGAUAGAUUUAAGAGAUGAUCCUUCAACAAUUGAGAAACUGGCAAAAAACAAACAGAAACCAAUCACUCCAGAGACAGCUGAGAAACUGGCCCGUGACUUAAAGGCAGUUAAAUAUGUUGAGUGUUCUGCACUCACACAGAAAGGCCUAAAGAACGUGUUUGAUGAAGCGAUAUUGGCCGCCUUGGAACCCCCGGAGCCCAAGAAGAAACGCAAGUGUAGUCUGCUAUGAGUGUUCCUCCGUGGUCCCCUUUUUUGCUGUGCUGGUGUCGACGUCAAACUAAAAGCAAUGUUAAAAUCAGCCUAAGUAUAAACUGUUAAUUUGUUUUGCAAUAAUGCCAGAUGCUCUGCGUUCAUUACCAUUCAGAAUAGUAGGGUGUCUGAAAACAAAACCCAGUGACCUAAUGAAUUCCGUAUAAAUAUUAGUAGAGCAAUAUGUAUCUGCAGAAGAAAAAAAACACUGAUUAUUACUAGUUUUUUUUUUCCUUUUUUAUUGUGUUGUUUACUAUUUCUAAUGUCUUAUAUUAAGAGCAAGGCAUGCUUCAUACAUAACAGACUAAUUUUUAAGCUCUUUUUUUUUUUUCCAGCCCAACUUUAACUCCAAAUUGCUGGUAAUCAGGAAUUCCUUUCUCUGCUUUACUGCAAAAAAGUACACGAGGUGACUUGAGGAUAGGUUUUAAAAUACAAAUCUCAGGACUAUUAAUGGUCUCCUAGAAAGCAACCGUAGAAUAUGGGUUUGCCUUUGUUUUUAGCCUCUGCAGGCUACUUCUGUUUUUCGGUCAGCUGUUUAAUUUGGGGAGCACUAGGUGAUAGUGGCCACGAGUUGCCAAAUUGUUUGUGACUGAAUGCUACAUCUUUUAAUGGAGAAUCCCCCCUACCCUACUACUCCCUUCCUACACAGUCUAAUACAGAGAAAAGGUAAAAAUGCAGAGCAGGGGAGUUCACAGGUGCAUCUUCUGAUCUUCUUUAUGUCUCUUCACUGUCAUGGAGCCUAGAAGAGCAUGCACAGUUGGAACUAGUUCUGGAUCAGCGUUAACUGCACAUGCUUCUGAAAGAGGAUUUUUGUAUGUCAGUUCGCCUUUAGUUCCCUUGUUUUUGGAGGGGCUGCAUGUACUUUUUGACAGUGUCUUAGCAGGCUGUAUCAAACCAAAAUAUAGGUUUUUAUAAAGGUUUUCAUACCAGGAGGAACAAAUUAGAUUUUUAGUUAAACAUACUAGUAGUUAUCACUUAAAUUCCUAAUAAACUAUUAAACUAUACAUGUGCCUGAUACCCCCUCCCCGUUUUGUUUAGUUUGAUACAUGAGGGACCAGUCAAAAAGAAAAAACUCCCUGUUUUAUGUACAUUUUGCAUGCAAGGUCUAAGAAUCCUUAUUUUAGGGUUCCGAUCUAAAACAUAAUAUAAAAAAUACACGUGUUAAUAAGGAUUUUACCAGUACCCCUGUUUCAACUUGUUUUUUUUUUUUCCUGAAUUUUUAAUAUGUAAGGAAUAUAUUCCAUCCUCCCGGAUAACCGGUAGACUCAUUGUUGAACCCAUGCUUUGUUUCAUGUCUGAGUUCUUUGUAUAUGCAUACUUUUCAGAUGUAUUAAACAUAAAAUACCUUCA